GGACUAAAGUAAAGCGUGGUCCAAUCGUUUCUACUCUCAACCGUCCAAUCAUCUUGCGUUUGAGAUAAUCAACAACACGUUGUGUUUACGUCUCAUUGGUUAAGCAUUGUGUAGCGAAGCAGUCUCCAGAGGUUAGUUUGACUUUUGACACUGACAGUGGUAAUCGAGCCGGUCUUACACCCUUUAACUCUACUCAAACCGAUGUACGCGGUGUAGGAUUAGACUUCUCUAUUUUACCUUCGAAUUGUAGAAUAAUUUAUUUAUACAAAUAUCAGAACAAUUUGAAAAUUAUUCGUCAUGUACAAAGCACGUUCAUUAAUUGCAACACUCCUUAUGAUACAACUUGUUAACGGUGGCAUGGAAGAACAAGAAGGUGUUAAAUACGCCAAUAAAUGCGAAGUAUGCAAGGUUCUAGCGACGGAGUUAGAAAGUCGAUUAGAGGAAACAGGAAAAUCUCGGGAUGUAUUAGAAAUUGGUUACUCACUCGAUGAUGUAGCUCCAAAGAAAAAGAAAGAGUAUAAGAAAUCAGAACUACGAUUAGUCGAGUCACUGGAUGGGGUCUGCGAAAGAAUACUUGAAUAUAAUAUUCAUAAAGAAAGAGAGGAUAGUACCAGAUUCUCCAAGGGGAUGAGCCAAACGUUUAAAACUCUGCACGGCCUAGUUGACAAGGGAGUCAAGGUAGACUUGGGUAUCCCUUAUGAGCUAUGGGAUAAGCCGUCGGUGGAGAUAACUACUUUGAAGACACAAUGCGAGAGCCUAUUGGAAAACCAUGAAUCUGAUAUCGAAGAAUGGUACUUCGAUCAUCAAGGGAAAAUUCCACUGAUCCGGUAUCUGUGCUCGGACCGUGCAUUAAAAGGACAAGAUGAUGCCUGCUUGAAAGAGAAAGGUGAAACUGGUCGACCUGCAAUUGAGCAGAAGAAGGACAAAAAGAAAAAGAAAAGUUCUCAUAAAAACGAUAAAGAGGAUCUGAAUAAACCAAAAAAUGCCAAGGAAGAAUUAUAAGAAUAAUGGAAAUAGCUGUAAAUAUAAUAUUCGAGGAUACUCUUACCCAAAUGUUAAUCAUCAAUUAUUUCUUACCAUUAAUUGGAUAAGAUUAUCUGAUCCGAAUUUUACAACUUUUAUUGCACUGCCCACAAAACACAGACCCAAACUACUAGGCAAUAACUACGUAUCCAAUUAUAUUGUGCCAUAUUUACAGUCGCAGAUGACUAGAACUCUCAUUUUAUAAUAAAUCAUGUUUUUUAGCAAG